AUUUCACAAUCCCAUUGACCCGCUCACCGACUCACUGCCAACCGUCCCCAGUGCAGUCACCUUCUUAAAUAGACUCACUACUUAUCAGAACCGUUUAUUUAUUUAUUUACUUUUGGGGUUUGUUGAGAAUGAGCAAGAGCACCAGACCCAGAGCCAUCCUAGACUCUACAGCCACAGUGGUCGAUGUUUUCCAACGCGAACUCGGCCUUCUCUCCACCCGGAACUUUGAGUACCGCCGCCGUGCCUCCGAGGAUCUUGUCCUUCGACUUGAUAUUUGCAAGAAGCUUGAUAAACAUCGAGGUUGUGUGAACACAUUAAGCUUCAAUGCGGAUGGUGAUAUUCUGGUGUCAGGCUCUGAUGACAGGCGAGUUAUACUCUGGGAUUGGGUAACUGGGCGUGUCAAACUUUCAUUCCAUUCUGGUCAUGAUGACAAUGUUUUCCAGGCGAAAAUCAUGCCAUUUGCAGAUGAUCGCAGCAUUGUUACCUGUGCUGCUGAUGGGCAGGUUCGUCAUGCUCAAAUUCUGGAAGGCGGUGGAGUAGAGACUACUUUGCUUGCCAAACACCAAGGACGGGCACAUAAAUUGGCUAUUGAACCUGGAAGCCCUUACAUUUUUUAUACUUGUGGUGAAGAUGGAUCGGUGCAACAUAUUGAUUUGAGAACUGGGGUUGCUACUGAACUUUUCAGUUGCUGCUCAAUUGGUGGUGGAAGAAGUUACAUGCCAGUAGCAAAUCUAAAUGCAAUUGCAAUCGACCCAAGAAAUCCAAAUCUCUUUGCAGUAGCUGGAUAUGAUGAGUAUACUCGAAUUUAUGAUAUUCGCAAGUAUAAAUGGGAUGGUUCUACAGAUUUUGGUCAGCCUUCUAAUUACUUUUGCCCUCCUAAUUUGAUUGGUAAUGACGAAGUUGGAAUAACUGGCUUGGCCUUCUCAGAUCAGAGUGAGCUUUUGGUUUCAUAUAAUGAUGAAUUCAUCUAUCUAUUUACUCAGGAUAUGGGAUUGGGGGCUAACCUGGUACGCUCCUCUCCAUUGUCUACUGGGAGUGAUGCUAGUGAAAUGGCAUCUGCUUAUUCCUCAUCUCCAACAAUGGAUGUUGGUGAUAUAGUUACUCCCCAAGUUUACAAGGGCCACAGAAAUUGUGUGACAGUGAAAGGUGUGAACUUCUUUGGGCCAAAAUGUGAAUAUGUGGUCAGUGGGUCUGACUGUGGUCGGAUAUUCAUUUGGAAGAAAAAGGGUGGAGAGCUCAUCCGUGUCAUGCAAGCAGAUAAGCAUGUGGUAAACUGUAUUGAGCCACAUCCUUACACCACAGUGCUUGCUAGCAGUGGACUUGAAAGUGAUGUCAAGAUAUGGACCCCUGAGGCUAUCGAGAGAGCUACUUUACCUGCAAAGAUUGAACAGGUUUUACCUGAUCGUAUUCAUUGGAUUGCACUUGGUGAUGACGACGAUGAUGACGAUUAUUAUUUUUAUGAUAUUGAUGAUGACGACAACGACGACGACAAUGAUGACGAUGAUGGAGAUGCUGAUGAAAAUGAUGAUGAUGAUGAUGAUGACAAUGAUUACGAUGAUGAUGAUAUUGAGAAUGAAAAUGAUGAUUAUGAUGAUGAUUACAGCGUGGAAGAUGUCAAUGAUGUAGAUGAUGGCGAUGAAUGGUGUGACGAUGAUGAUGGAAGCGCUAAAGUUGAUGGCUAAAAAGAUUCUGAUAAUUUUGCAGGAGGUUAUGAUAAUGCUAAUAAUGAUAAUUUGUGAUUUUGCACUUUGUGUCCAGUUCAAACCAAAGGCGAGGGGCUGGAUGCACCGUAUAUUUUCACCGGGGCCACAAUUAUUUUCACUGCAAAGGCAAAGGACUGAUCUAGAUGUGGAGUGCAUUGACGAAAACUCAGCUGCAGGUCAUGAACUUUUAGAGCUUAUAUUGACAUUCAUCACCAACAGUGAUGGAUCUUCAGACGAUGGAGAUGAUCUGGAGCCAUGAAGCUUUGCUUUAUUGAAUGAGCUGUGAUAUCGUUUUGGACUAGGAAAUUAAAACAUGGUAACUGUACAUAGCAUAGCUGUAAAACUGCUUCUGAGUAGAUCUUUGCAAAUUUUUGUCCACCGUUUAUUCAUUAUUCAAGAUCUUUACCCUUAAUAUAUGGUUGAUUAAUGUUUACAA